AUGAGAAUUCUACUAUUAGUGGGAGUUUGUGUCCUCUAUAGUACAGCAAACGCUUUAAAUUUAACAGCAAGCUGUACAAUUAAUAAAUUUCAAGAUGUCGAUACCGUAGUUAGCCAAUGCAAAUCUAUAAACGUUGGAAGCUUUGCAGUACCUGCUGGCGAAACCUUAAAACUACAUUUACAAGCUGGUACUACUCUGAAUUUUAAUGGCAACAUCGCUUUUGGUUACAAAGAGUGGGAUGGGCCCCUCAUGUGGAUUAAAGGAGACGGAGUCACAGUACAAGGAUCAAGCAGUCAUUUACUGAAUGGUCGUGGAGAGCUUUGGUGGGACGGACAUGGUGACCACAGCAAUAAGAAGAAACCUCAAUUCAUGUUAAUUCAGGCCACUGGUAACUCAGUUUUUAAAUACAUUAAGGUAAAGAACUGUCCACAUACAUGUAUUGGCAUUUCGGAUUCUCAUGAUAUUACUCUUGACCACUGGACUAUUGACAGCAAAGAUGGAGAUACAAAAGGAGGAGCUAACACCGAUGGUUUUGAUGUUGCAAAAUCCUACAAAGUAACGAUAAAAGAUACUUCGGUAUGGAACCAAGACGACUGUAUCUGCGUGAAUCAAGGUCAGAAUUUGGUCUUCCAAAACAUGCACUGUAUUGGAGGACAUGGCUUGAGCCUUGCAGCAGGAAUGUGGAACACGUAUGAACUGAACACUAUUUACAACGUAACAUUUAAAGAUUCCAUAGUGGAAAAUUCACGUAAUGGUAUUCAUCUUAAAACUAUACCAGCAAAUAAUAAUAAGGGAGAAAUAAACCUUAUAACAUACGAUAACAUAAAGCUUAUAGGAAUCUCUUAUUACGCCAUUAACGUACAAGAAGACUACACCAACGAUGGACCAACUGGACAUCCUCUAGGAAACAUUCCCAUUAAAAACUUACACAUAAAUAAGGUCUAUGGAACAAUGACUGGUUCAAAUUCAGUUAAAGCAUAUAUUCUUUGUGGAAGUGGGGGUUGCUCGAACUGGAACUGGUCUAAUAUCAAUGUCUCCGGAGCUGCAAAAUCAAAUUCUUGUAAUUUUAAACCAAAUGGAUUUAACUGUUAA